GAUCAGAAUGUCAGAGGGGCGGGACCUCUGGCUUUUUCGUUCAAUGGGUUUUGAGAAGGAGACCAGAAGAGAGGACGCGAGGAGUAUAAAAUUGAGAUUCUCCCAUUGUUGCCAUUUAUCAACAUUACGUAUUGAUAUUGCACAUUAGCUUGUAAAUUGUAGACUAUUUACUCCACACAGAGAAUAGAAAUCUGUAAUUUGGACUAGACAAGAUGGCCAGCUGCAAUUUUCAGUCGCAGUUGUUAUCCAUUAUGGAGGUAUUAGCUAAAGCAGCUGUAGCAGAAAUAAACAAACGUGUUGAUGAUAGCUGUGCAGUUAUACGUUUGGAAAUGACCCAAAGCCAGCAAGAUAUUGAUGUUCUGAAAAGGAAGUGUCAAAUGAUGGAAAGCGAGCUGAAGAAGACACGAGUCAGGAGAAAAGAGAGAUCUUCAUAUCCAGUCAAGAUUGUUUUGAACAAGCAAAGGAGUAAAUCACAGUGGAGAGAUGGAGAGAUGGCUGUUGAAGAGGACUCUCAAUCCCAGCCUACAGAUGUGGAGCAGAGAGCAGAGACUGAACCCAUACUGAUCAAAGAUGAGGAGACAGCAGAGGAUUUGUGGAAAACGGACCCUCAGGAAGAGCUCAGGAUCACUGGAGAGGAGUCUGGUUCCAAGGCUGGACAACCACCAUCCUUUGAGCAACGGCGCUGUGACGAGGACUUCAUCACACAACCCAACAUAUCUCCUGAAGACUCCGUGGAACAUUACCCCAAUUCUGAUGGUCCAGAGGAACCAGCCACACCCCGGCUCACAUCUACAGACGUGUUCAGCACAGAGCAGCACGGACCAGAUGAGGACUCACUAGAGCUAGUGAUGGUGAAGGAGGAGAAAGAGGAGGAGCUGGAUCAGACCACGGCCCUGGCAGGACCUGACCAGUUUGUCAUGGAUGAGACUGAUGGGCAGCUGUGGACCUCUGUGGAUCCAGGCAGAGACACUGACCCUGAUGGCCACCCAGAUUUCUCCUUUCAUGGCGUAGAAGAGUACUCUCAGAAUAUCUCUAUUUUCCCAUCUCACAGUGGGCUACCAUCCCUUCCUACUAUGAUAGAUGGUGUAGGGCCAUCGGUUCACUCUUCUAGGGGGAAAUCACAUGCUAACAUGUUCAGUGCAGCACACAUGAAAAGACAUGUCAGGACAUUGGCUGAUGAGACUAGACAACAGAUGCCAGAAGGACAGAGCAGCGAGACGCUGAAUUCAAAUAAUGACGGAAAUAGUUUAGAUCUACAGCCAAGGCAGCAUCAUUACAGGGCUUCAGAAGCAACAGUGAGAAUGAGUGAGUGCAUGACAGGGUCAAACAUGGCCACCACCUCCACCUUCUCUGGAUACAGCCUGAGUCGCAGUAGUUUUAACAUGGUGAAGAGAAUGAGGACUCAGUGGAGGUCGGGCGGCACCACUGAGAGGCGUUUCAGCUGCACCUUCUGUGGGAAGAGCUUCCAGCGUUUCAGCCAGCUCAAAGAACACCUCCGAAGUCACACCGGAGAGAAACCGUACACCUGCGAACAGUGUGGCAGGAGUUUCACCAAGCAGUGCAACCUGAUCAGACAUGCUGUGGUCCACAGCGGGGAGAAGCCCUACGAGUGCACACAGUGUGGGAAAUGCUUCACCCGGCGCUCCAGUAUGAAGUCACAUCAGAGAACUCACAUAGGAGAGAGUCCAGUGUCUCAAAAUGUGGUACCCGCAUACCCUGGGGAUCCACACACAAGUUUGAUGUUGUCUCAGACCAGAUGGAACAAAUAGUAACAUAAUUGUAUAAUUCUUUGGUAACAUUUUCAAUGUGAAAAUGUAGGCAGAAGUUAUUUUGAGACAUUCUGACAAGCUUUUCCUCUAGAUUUUUUUGACUGUUGACUGCACCUCACUUUCAUUUUCACAACCUAUUUACAACUGCUAACAUUGUGUAUUUGUACCACAAUAUCAUAAAAAAGAGUCAUUUAGGA